AUGGCAGAAGCAGACUAUUUGAUGGAUUACAAAUAUGAAGAUCACAGCGAUCGCUCCAUCAUGAUCCACUCCGAUUACGAAGUGGAUCACCAGUUCAAGAGUCCCAACGAUAAGCUGGACCCAUCGCUUCUGAUCAUUCCCCCGAAUGGAUUGAGGGAUUAUUCUUUCGGCUCUUGGCAGGAAAUGUUCCCCACCAAUUUUAACAAUUUCUUAAUCGAUGAUUAUGAGCCCCAAGGGAUGAAGAUACACGAACAGAACGGGGCCCGAAACGAAAACAACAUGCAAUCCAUGCACAAACAGCCAGGUAACACCAUCGUGAGCAACCAAAUUACAGAGCCGCUCCGUUACAUGGCUUUCUUGGAUGAUGUUCCACUGGCCGAUUCUUUAGAUCAUAAUACCUUCGGUUCCUACCAGGCUCAGAGAAAAAAGAAUAUCCCACAUCUGAAUGGAAGCUUCUUUAACCACAACUACGUGGGCGACAAGCCGCAGUCCAGCUUGGAGGCCACAGACCAGACAUCUUCGGAUACGAAGGAUCCCCUGACCGCAAAUAUUUCCACUUUGAGGCCCUCCAACUUGAGCUACUCAAGAUCUGGUAGCGUUUCGGGACAUAUCAUGCAGGGUGAAGGAUUGCGGUACAGCCAUCAUAAUUCCCUUUCGAAAGAUAUAUUCGGCAGCAAGCGACCAUAUGGGGACUUGCCAAAAUUAUCAUUAUACCACCAGCCGCAUCCUGCUAGCAAUUCGGUAAGCGCCAACUUCGACAAGAACACCUCUGCCUCAGCCGAGCUCCAGACCCAUUCAAGCAAAGACACCAAGGGCCUCGAGUCCAUAGAAGCCAAGCGCCAACGACGUCGCCCUACACACAACCUAGUUGAGCGCCGACGCUGCGAUAAUAUCAAAGAACGCGUUCAGGACCUCUACAAUCUAAUCCCACGGCGUCGUCUCGAAGAGGAAGUUGUGCGCCAACAGUGUAUCAAACACGGUUCAUUAUGCUUACCUAGGGCAGGCACAGGCGAUAAAGCUAUCAUUUCUCUGCCGGCUCACGGUACUGACCGCUGCGCCACACCGCGUAACAUCACCGAAGACCUUCUCAUCAAAGAGAAACAGAGAAGACCUAACAAUGGCCAAAUCCUCUCCGGUACCGUUAGCUGGAUAAGCGACCUGAUGGGGACCCUGUACGUCAAGUACCAGCAAGAAGCCGAGCUUGCCCAAAUGAUCGACAAGUUAGGUUCAACAUGGCCCUUUGAACCUGCAGAGGAAGAUGAACGCAUGCGUAGCGAGAUCCUCGGCGCAAGCGACAAAAUUGACUCCAUAGUCCGGGCACAUUCACGUGGUCCUAGUAACAGUCUCUGCAUGCUUACGUACGCAGAUAUAACUGGUGACCAGAUCCAAAGCGGCGGGAAUGGCGACAUCUUCACCUAA